AUGUUCCAACGACCAGCUUGUCUACAAGGCCGGCGACAGCGCCAUGGCGCCGGUGAAGACUGGACUGCAUUUCCUAUUCGGCAAUUAUUCGUGUUAGCGCUGGUCCGCAUUUGCGAACCCAUUGCAUUCAUGUCCAUUUUCCCCUACGUCUACCACAUGGUGGAAGAGUUCCAUGUGACCGACAACGACCAGAAGAUUGCGCUUUACGCCGGCAUGAUCACCUCUUCAUUCACCUUCGCCGAAUUCUCCGCUGGGAUGUUCUGGGGCCGGAUGAGCGACCGCAUCGGCCGGAAGCCCGUCCUCGUCAUGGGACUGAUUGGAACAGCCAUCAGCAUGGUGGCCUUUGGGUUUGCGCCCAACUUGGCGACGGCGAUGAUUGCCCGCGCGCUGGGAGGUCUGCUGAACGGGAACAUCGGAGUGCUUCAGACGACAGUUGCCGAGAUUGUCACGGUCAAGGAGCACCAGCCGCGGGCGUACUCGAUCAUGCCGUUUGUGUGGUGCCUGGGCUCGAUCAUUGGGCCGGCGAUGGGCGGUGCUCUCGCCCAACCCUGCGACAACUACCCGUGGCUGUUCGCGCGCGACACGCUCUUCGACAAAUUCCCCUUCCUGCUGCCCAACCUGGUCUGCAUCGUCGUGCUCCUCUGCGGCAUCGUGGUUGGAUUCCUGUUCCUGGAGGAGACGCACCCGGAGAAGAAGCACCGCCGCGACCCCGGCCGCGAGUUGGGCCACUGGCUCAUCAGCCUGUGCUGGGGCUCACGCGUGCAACUUCCCGACGAUUCCGACGUGGGUGUUGAGGAGACCAAGUAUUUCGCCUACGAUGACGUGCCGCCCGAGUACGAGAGCGCCGAAUCAUCGCCCUGCCUGCGCCCCGUGAGCGACGUCAGGGCCACGGAGUGUGACCUUGAGGGCCAGAAAUCCUCCGCGCCCAAGGCGUUCACCCGACAAGUCAUCUUCACCAUCGUUGCUUAUGGGAUCCUGGCCUACCACAGUGUCUCUUUCGAUCAGCUGAUGCCGGUCUUCCUGAGUACACCCAAAUCCGACGACCGCGUUGUUCUUCCCUUUGAGUUCACGGGCGGCCUGGGUCUUCCCACCAAGACCAUUGGUUUCAUGCUGGCCGUGCAGGGGGUCUAUUCGAUGAUUGCCCAGCUGUGGCUGUUCCCAUUUGUUGUCAAGCACUUCGGAACCCUGCGCACGUUCCGCUUCGUGCUGCUUGUCUGGCCGCCGCUCUACCUUGCCGUGCCCUAUCUCAUCCUUCUGCCGGCUAAACUCCAGAUGCCUGCGGUCUACGUCGCCCUGAUUAGCAAGAUCACCUUCCAUGUUAUCGCCUUCCCUGCUACUGCCAUCCUUCUCGCCAAUGCCGCUCCCACUUCAAAGGUCCUGGGCUCCAUCAACGGUGCCGCUGCAUCAACCGCUAGUCUCAGCAGAGCCUUUGGCCCGACUAUAACCGGUCUGCUGCACUCCAAGGGGCUUGAGAGCGGACACUCCGUGCUGGCCUGGUGGGCCUGCGGUCUUGUCUGCUUCAUUGGUGCCAUCGAAUCUUUCUGGAUGGAGGAAUCCACCCAGCCCGAGCGCUUCAAGGACCAGCCCGACAUGAGUGAGGCGGAGAUGAAGCGAGAGGCCCUCUCCGAUCCCUUCAGCCCCCGCGAAUCGAUCUCCACUAUCUCCGAGGAAGAGCAGCGAUUGCUGUCUCUCCGGUCCAGCAUUGACCACGACUACGACGUUGCCAACCUGAACCUGGAGUUGCCUACUUCAGACGGAGAUCUUACCUCUCAGCCUCGAGUUUAA